AUGCCGAGCGACUUGGGCACAUGGUUCAGGACAAUUCCCAUAGUGACCAGGUACUGGUUCGCUCUUUCUGUGGUCAUUCCCUUACUUGGAAGAUUUGGCCUUAUCAACCCAUUAUGGAUGUACCUUGACUGGGAUCUUUUCGUUUACCGGUUCCAUUUCUGGCGACCAUUUACUGCACUAAUAUUCUAUCCGGUCUCACCUCAAACCGGAUUUCAUUGGCUGUUGAUGCUGUACUUCUUAUAUAACUAUUCAAAAAAUUUGGAGUCUGGAGUGUUCUCUGGACGACCGGCCGAUUACCUCUACAUGUUAAUAUUCAACUGGCUGAUUUGCUCGGUUAGUUUUUCUCAUCGUUGUUUUUGUUCUUCAUAUUGCUAG